AUGUCCAAGAUCGCAUCUACAUUCUCGCGCCUGGUGCGCUUUGCCCCCAAGUCGAAUCCCUCCAAGAUCCUCAUCGGGGAGCCGGUCGAUCCUAAGAUAGACGUUGGAUUGGCUCUUUACCAAGGCAAAGAGGUUGCGGUGCGUCCUUUCUCGGGCACUUCGGUUCUGACCCCCGGUCAAGUGACCGACGGGACAGAGACUAUCGAGCGCAUUCUGUCCCCCCUAGCGCAGAGUGAGGUCGGAACGAUUCGUUGCAUUGGCUUGAACUAUGCUUCCCACGCCAAGGAGAUGUCUCUCCCAAUCCCUGAAGUCCCAACAUUGUUUAUGAAGCCGGCCAGUUCUCUGGCAGAUCCCUGGCCUGCGCCAACUGUUCUACCCAAGAUUACACAAAAGGACAAAACCGGUGACUAUGAAUCCGAGAUGGUCAUUGUCAUUGGCCGCGAUGCUAAGGACGUGCCUGAGUCCGAGGCCCUCGACUAUGUGCUUGGUUACACAGCUGCCAAUGAUGUUUCAAGUCGUACUUCCCAAAUGAACCAGAGCCAGUGGUCUUUCUCCAAGGGAUUUGACGGCGCUUGUCCAAUUGGCCCUGUUCUAGUUUCAGCUGCCCUCAUUCCCGACGCCAGCAAGCUCCAUAUUCGUGGUCUUAAGGGCGACCGCAUGAUGCAGGAUUGUUCUCUGACUGACCUGAUCUUCAGCGUCCCCCAGCUGAUCAGCUUCCUUUCCCAGGGCACCACGCUGCCGGCCGGCACAAUCAUCCUGACCGGCACCCCACCUGGCGUUGGUGCUGCUAAGAGCCCCAAGGAAUUCAUUAAGGCUGGCGACGAGUUUGCCGUUGAGCUGCUUCCUCACGUUGGAACGCUCAUUAACAAGAUUGAGCACCAGUAA